AUGGCUUUAGCACCGAGUAAUCCUUCAAAUCCUAUUGUUUUCUUCGAUAUUUCUAUUGGUGGUCAGGAAGUAGGUAGAAUGAAGAUGGAACUAUUUGCUGAUGCUGUACCGAAAACAGCAGAAAAUUUUAGGCAAUUUUGUACAGGAGAAUACAGGACUGCAGGUGUCCCUGUUGGUUAUAAAGAAUGCCAAUUUCACAGAGUUAUUAAAGAUUUUAUGGUUCAAGGUGGCGACUUUGUCAAGGGAGAUGGAACUGGCGUCUUCAGCAUCUACAACGAAACUAACUUUAAAGAUGAAAACUUUGAGCAUAAGCAUGUCUCCGCAGGCAUACUUUCCAUGGCAAACGCUAACAGUGGUCCCGGUACUAAUGGCUGUCAGUUCUUUAUAACUUGUACGAAAUGUGAAUUCUUGGAUGGAAAGCACGUUGUUUUCGGACGUGUUCUAGAUGGUAUGCUAAUACUAAGAAAAAUUGAGAAUGUUCCAACGGGUCCGAAUAACAGACCAAAGUUACCGGUAGUUAUUACCCAAUGCGGCGAAAUGUAA